AAGACUGCUCUCGCGUCUCGCUUCCUGGCACUCAGGCGGCUGAAGCUGGGACGUCCGUCCUGUUCCGCGCCGCCUGCUGCGUCGCUCCCCGCCAGGCGCUGCACCACCCAGACCUCCUGCAGCCUCCGGGUCCCAGUCGUGGCAGAGCGACAAGUGGCCAGUGAGGCGUGAGGAUGGAGGGUGGGGACAGGACCGGCAAGAGGAAGGCCGGGAGCGCUCGCGGAACGCUACCGGGCGCUCGUCCCUGAGCCGGCCUGGCGAGCGCCCUCUGGCCGGUCUCGCCCGCCUGGAGCACCCCCCGGGUCGCCAGGCCUGCGCCAAUCCCCGCCUUCCGAGCAACAGUGGCGCUGCGCUGGGACGGUGGCCGCGACACCAGUUUUCUAGGGAACAACCAUGUCACCGUUUCUUCGUAUUGGCUUAUCCAACUUUGACUGUGGGACCUGCCAGUCCUGUCAGGGGGAGGCUGUGAACCCCUACUGCGCUGUGCUUGUCAAGGAGUAUGUGGAAUCAGAAAAUGGGCAGAUGUAUGUCCAGAAAAAGCCGACCAUGUACCCACCCUGGGACAGCACCUUUGAUGCCCACAUUAACAAAGGGAGGGUGAUGCAGAUCAUCGUAAAGGGCAAGAACAUGGACCUCAUAUCAGAAACCACCGUGGAGCUCUACUCCCUGGCGGAGAGAUGUCGCAAGAACAAUGGGAGGACAGAGAUAUGGUUAGAGCUGAAACCUCAAGGCCGAAUGCUAAUGAAUGCAAGAUACUUUCUGGAAAUGAGUGACACGAAGGACAUGAGCGAAUUUGAGAACGAAGGAUUCUUUGCAUUGCAUCAUCGCCGAGGAGCCAUCAAACAGGCUAAAGUCCACCACGUCAAGUGUCACGAGUUCACAGCCACCUUUUUCCCUCAACCCACAUUUUGCUCUGUCUGCCAUGAAUUUGUCUGGGGCCUGAACAAACAGGGCUACCAGUGCCGACAAUGCAAUGCAGCAAUUCACAAGAAGUGUAUCGACAAAGUGAUAGCCAAGUGCACAGGAUCAGCUAUCAACAGCCGGGAGACCAUGUUCCACAAGGAGAGAUUCAAGAUCGACAUGCCACACCGAUUCAAAGUCUAUAACUACAAGAGCCCAACCUUCUGUGAGCAUUGUGGGACCCUGCUGUGGGGGCUGGCGAGGCAAGGACUCAAGUGUGAUGCAUGUGGUAUGAACGUCCACCACCGAUGCCAGACAAAGGUCGCCAAUCUCUGUGGUAUAAACCAGAAGCUAAUGGCUGAAGCGCUAGCAAUGAUUGAAAGCACCCAGCAGGCUCGCUCCUUAAGAGAUUCAGAACACAUCUUCCGAGAAGGCCCGGUUGAAAUCGGUCUCCCAUGUGCCAUGAAAAACGAAACCAGGCCACCAUGCGCACCGAUACCUGGGAAAAGAGAGCCCCAGGGAAUUUCCUGGGAGUCCCCUUUGGAUGGGACAGAUAAAACAAGCCAUCCUCCUGCACCGGAAGUGACCAUGCAAAGAGUCUCUCUGCAGCUGAAACUGAAGAUUGAUGACUUUGUCCUGCACAAAAUGCUGGGGAAGGGAAGUUUUGGCAAGGUCUUCCUAGCAGAGUUCAAGAGAACCAAUCAGUUCUUCGCAAUAAAAGCCUUAAAGAAAGAUGUGGUGCUGAUGGACGAUGAUGUAGAGUGCACCAUGGUGGAGAAGAGGGUUCUGUCCUUGGCUUGGGAGCAUCCGUUUUUAACACACAUGUUCUGCACAUUCCAGACUAAGGAAAAUCUCUUUUUCGUGAUGGAGUACCUCAAUGGGGGAGACUUAAUGUACCACAUCCAAAGUUGCCACAAGUUUGAUCUUUCCAGAGCCACGUUUUAUGCUGCUGAGAUCAUCCUUGGUCUACAGUUCCUUCAUUCCAAAGGGAUUGUCUAUAGGGACCUGAAACUAGAUAAUAUCCUGUUGGACAGAGAUGGACAUAUCAAAAUAGCAGAUUUUGGGAUGUGCAAGGAGAACAUGCUAGGAGAUGCGAAGACAAAUACUUUCUGCGGGACUCCUGACUACAUCGCUCCGGAGAUCUUGCUGGGUCAGAAAUACAACCAUUCGGUCGACUGGUGGUCCUUCGGGGUUCUACUUUAUGAGAUGCUGAUUGGCCAGUCGCCUUUCCACGGGCAGGACGAGGAGGAGCUGUUCCACUCCAUCCGCAUGGACAACCCCUUUUACCCGCGGUGGCUAGAAAAGGAGGCCAAGGAUCUCCUAGUGAAGCUUUUUGUGAGAGAGCCUGAAAGGAGGCUGGGGGUGCGAGGAGACAUCCGCCAGCAUCCUUUGUUUCGAGAGAUCAACUGGGAAGAACUUGAGAGGAAAGAGAUUGAUCCGCCCUUCCGACCAAAAGUGAAAUCACCAUUCGACUUCAGCAAUUUCGACAAGGAGUUCCUAAGUGAGAAGCCCCGGCUGUCAUUUGCAGACAGAGCGCUUAUCAACAGCAUGGACCAGAACAUGUUCAGAAACUUUUCCUUCGUCAACCCAGGCAUGGAGACUCUCAUUUGCUCCUGAACCUCAUCCCUCCCCAGACCCGAAGGAAUUUGCCUUCUCUCUGGGAACCUGUCUGAGUAACACUUCCGGGAGGAUCUUUU